CCCCCCCCUCCAUCCUCCAUAUCUCUCUGCUCGAUUUCUUUCUCGCUCUUGGUAUUCCUUUCGCUUUUAUUGGAGAGAACCAGCUAUGAACUCGACACUUGCCGCUCCGCUCUCGGAGAUAGCGCACUACUACCUCACCCAGGUAGACGUCUCCUCGCUCAACAUCUUCGAAAAGGCAUGGAUGAGCUGGUAUAUGUGGUGGGACAACCCCGUGCUUGCCACGGGCUUGAUGAGCUUUAUCAUGCAUGAGGUCGUUUACUUCGGACGCUGCGUUCCCUGGAUCAUCAUUGAUGCGAUGCCUUACUUCCGGAGGUGGAAGCUGCAACCCACUAAGGUACCAACAGCAAAGGAUCAAUGGGAGUGCACCAAGCUCGUUCUUUUCUCCCACUUCACGGUCGAGCUCCCCCAGAUUUGGCUGUUCCACCCCAUCGCCGAGUACCUGGGUAUGGCCACGUACCAGCUCCCCUUCCCGGGAUGGAAGACAAUGGCGUGGCAGAUUGCGCUCUUCUUCAUGUUCGAGGAUGCAUUCCACUUCGUUGCCCACCAGGCGCUGCACUACGGCCCACUGUACCGGAACAUCCACAAGAUCCACCACAAGUACAGCGCACCCUUCGGCUUGGCGGCAGAGUACGCCCACCCCGCGGAAGUCCUAAUCCUCGGCACGGGCACGAUCGGCGGUCCCCUCUUGUACUGCUGGUUCACUCGCGAUCUUCACAUCUUCACCAUGUACGCGUGGAUCGUCCUCCGGCUCUUCCAGGCCGUCGACUCGCACAGCGGAUACGACUUCCCCUGGAGUCUGAACAAGUUCUUCCCCCUCUGGUCCGGUGCAGACCACCACGAUUUCCACCAUAUGGCAUUCACGAACAACUACUCGACCAGCUUUAGGUACCUUGACCACAUUUUCGGCACGGACAAGAAAUACCAUGCGUACAAGGCCCGCCUACGUGCUGCCGCUGCCAAGGACAGGGAGGCACUGAACCAGAAGCUGAUGGCGGAGACGGAGAAGGAAGGCCAGGAAGCAGAACGCAUCGCCGAGCAAUCAGGCUACUUUGGGUCCAAGAUCGCUGCCAAGGUCCAGUAGACGGCUUGUUUGCAGAACAUGGGAACAUGGGUCAGUAAAUACAAUUGGGUCUCGCGGGCUGGCACGAACUUUGCUCCUCUCCGUUUUCAUUCGUUAUGCUAGCUUCGGAUACCAGAGCGUAAAAUGAUGUCCUCAACGAGGUUAGAUCUAUCCUAAUGACAUGCGCUCAGUUAUUUAAAUCAACUCAUAGGGCUGCGCCGAAUAUUGUACAACUUGUUUUGUCGAGAUUCCGGGAAUACGUU